UAAGUAUAGGUUGUCUCAGAGUUCACAGCCUAGAACUUUAGAACAUUAUAUCUAUAUAUAUCAUCCAUGGCGACAAAAGCCAAUACAAUGCCAGUUAUCAGCAAGCUGUAUUGUUCCUAUUCUCAGGUGGUGUUCGUGGCUCGGAGGACGCCGCAUGUGGUGAAUGGAGGUGGUUUUGCGGUGACGAAUUGUAGCCAGCUGGUUGUUUUCUGGGUUGAUGGUUGUGGCAUUCUCGGUACCAAAGGGGAGAUCGUGUUGAGAGACAUGGAAGGCGAUGCUUUGCUUCUCAAACAUAGAAAGGGAGGGAGGGUUGAGGCACUGAGCAUACAUAAAAGACGGAAAGGUUACACAUCCGACUACAAAGGAACAAAAAAGUUGGUUUUUACCCUAAAGGAGCCUCGUUCAUGUCUAGCAAAGAACGAUGCCAUAAGAAUCUCCACUGAACCAAAAAGAAGCAAGAACUGGGACUUUGAGAUCAAUGGUUAUUUCCCCGAAAGAGAUUGCAGCAUCAUUGAUUCCGUCAGCAACAUUGUCCCUCUGAUCGGAGUCAAGAAGGAAGUAGAGGAGGUGAUGGCAAGUAAAGAUCUUUAUCAUGUAGUGGUGAAACCCGGAACCGGUCAAGAUUUUGUUUUCGGAGUCAUUGCCGUUCUUGAUUACAUUCAUGGAGAAUCUACCAGGUGCUGAUCCACGAAUUUCUAUGGGAGCUAAAGAAGAGAAGUCUUUAAAUAUCCUGGGAUAAUCUUGUUUAAUACCGGGAAUGCUUUAUUUUGUUUGUUUUGUCUGAUUUGUAUCACUAAAUUUGGAAUCAAAUGAGCUGCAAAUUCCAUUCUUGCUUAUUUAUUUCAGGACAGAACAGAGCAUCAAGCUUUCUGUUCAUGUUUAUG